GUCGGCGCGCCGUAGUUCGGACUCGGUUAUCUAGCAGUGAACGCGACUCUUGGCGAAAUUUAAAGAGGGGCAGUCCUGUGAGCAAAACAGGUAGCUCAGCGUUGAACUGUGGAGAAAUAACAACACUGUCGGAGAAUUCAGAGGAAAACCGAGUGUUAUUUCAGCCCGGCUCGAACUGAGGUCCAUUUUAACCUGGCAGUAUGAGUUCAAAAGGGGGCGGUACAGCCCUGACCCGACGAAAUUAUCGCCUGGCAUCAGAUACAGACAAACCCAAAGCCACAGGUAUUGUGAAUGAGAAGUUGUUGAGUGACUACCUGCACCAUGUCUUCCCUGCCUCCAGUACACACGGUCCAGCAUCAGCAACCUACAGAAAACCCUUGACGUUCCAGGACCUCGGCACUCACCUGGAGAAGCUGCUGUCCGAGGACGAGGCUGCUGAGGACAGCACAGAUCAUACAGAUGGGCGACUCGGACCCUCUACCGUUGUCCUGGACCACACCAGUGGAUUCGAAGGCCUCUUAUUUGUGGAUGAUGAUCUUUUAGGAGUCAUUGGCCAUAGCAAUUUCAGUUCAAUAAGGGCUACAACCUGUGUAUUCAAAGGGAAAUGGAUGUACGAGGUGCUGAUCUCGUCUCAAGGUUUGAUGCAGAUAGGAUGGUGCACGCUGAACUGCAGAUUCAACCAGGAGGAGGGAGUUGGAGACACUCCGGACUCGUAUGCGUACGAUGGUAAUCGGGUCAGAAAGUGGAACGUGACAACCACCAACUAUGGCAAAUCGUGGGCUGCAGGGGACAUCGUUAGCUGCAUGAUAGACCUCGAUGAAGGAACAAUUACUUUUUGUCUGAAUGGACAGUCCCUUGGUACGGCUUUCAAUAAUAUUAAAAUGGGUCCAGGGAUUGCCUACUUCCCCGCGAUCAGUCUUUCAUUCAAAGAGUCUGUGGCCUUUAACUUCGGCAGCCGCCCACUCAGGUAUCCUGUGGAAGGCUAUCAUCCCCUUCAGGACCCUCCAACUGCUGACCUCAUCAAUGCCAAGAGGCUGCUGGGAUACAUGAAGAACGUGAUGUCCACUGGUAUAGACACACAGGAGGAGAAGCUCAUCGAGAGGGAUAUUGCAUCCUGGCAGCUUCAAGGAGAGCCCACUGUCCUGGUCACGCUCGCACAUAUCUUCAAUUACUUCGCUCCUCUCAUGUGUAAAGUGUACCUGGUGGAAGACGUCCUGAUGAGCUUCCUGCUGGGUAUUCUGGAGGGCGGCGGCUCUGUGGAUGAACAUCCGCUAAUCCAGCAGCUGCUCGAGCUCUUCUGGCUGCUCAUGGAGGACUUUGAGGUGAAUGAGUGCCUGAAGCAGCUGAUGAUGUCGUUGCUCAGGGCAUACCGCUUCUCACCCAUUAUCCCUGACCUUGGCUUCCAGAUUCACUAUCUGCGCUUGACAACCGCCAUUUUACGCCAUGAAAAGUCUAGAAAGUACCUCCUAAGCAAUGUAUUAUUCGACGUGCUGCGCUCUGUGGUGUUUUUCUACAUCAAGACUCCUCUGAGGGUGAAGGAGGCCGGUUUGGAGGAGCUCAUCCCCACCACAUGGUGGCCAACACACUUCGACAAAGAGGGUAAGGACGAGAAGGACCCGAGACAUGAGAGCGCAGAGGAGAGACUCAGGCGGCGAGCGUAUGAACGUGGCUGUCAGAGACUUAAAAAGAGGAUCGAAGUGGUGGAGGAGCUGCAGGUUCAGAUCCUGAGGCUGAUGCUAAAUAACAAGGACAAAGGGACGGGCGAAGCCUCUCGAUACAUUUUCCUCAACAAAUUCCGCAAGUUCCUGCAGGAGAACGCAAGCAACCGAGGGAACCCAACAGUUUUGUGCCCUCCUGAGUACAUGGUGUGCUUCAUGCAUCGACUCAUAACAGCAAUCAGGAGCUACUGGGACGAAGGGAAACGCAAGAGGCCAGGAGCCAUUAGCAGUGAAGACGCCUACGUCCCCCCGCAGCUUUUCUACAACGGGAAGGUGGACUACUUUGACCUGCAGCGCCUCGGAGGGCUGCUCUCUCAUCUCAAGAAAACGCUGAAAGAUGACCUGGCAGCUAAAGCCAACAUCAUUAUCGACCCUGCGGAGAUCCAGGCCGCUUCUAUGGACGAUCUGGACGAGGAUGAUGAAAGUGGAGCAGCUCAGAGGCCGUCUGGUGCAGCGGCGAUGGGCGGAGCUUUGGCCAGGCCGAGCUGGCUGAGUUCUCCCACACUGGGCCGAGCCAAUCGUUUCCUCAGUACGGCCGCAGUCAGCCUCAUGACCCCACGGCGACCUUUGGCCCCGCCUGAAAAGGUCAAAGUGCGCACUCUGCCUGUGGAACAGAGGACAGAGGAGGACAUCGAGGGAAGCCAUGGUAACGAUGGGCUGUUGCUGGGGCGACCGUUGGAAGAGCCCGAGCAGCCAAUCACGGAGAAGUCCCUGCUGGAGAUCCUGGAUGGGAUUGUGAUGAUGUACAACCUGAGUGUUCAUCAGCAGCUGGGCAAGAUGGUGGUUGUGUCGGAUGACGUCCACGAGUACGCCGUCGCUCUGAAAGACACGGAAGAGAAGAUAGCCCGAUGUCCAGGAAGAAGAGCAGACAUUCUGGAGGAACUGCAAAAGAGCCAGAAAGUGUUUGCUGAGAAGCUCGACCACCUGAGCCGCAGGUUGGCCUGGAUCAACGCCACCAUUUACUCCAAGGAGAAGAUGCUAGAUGUCUACUGGCUCUUGCGUGUGUGCAUCCGCACCAUCGAGCACGCCGACAACACGGGCUCCUUGUUUGCCUUCACCCCUGAGUUCUACCUCAACGUGGCCAUGAAUAGCUACAGUGCCCUUAAGAAUUACUUCAGCCCUUCCAACAGCAUGGAGGAGCUCCCAGGUUAUGAGGACACGCUCACUCAGCUUGCUGCUAUCCUCGCUAAGCACUUUGCAGACCCGCGCAUCGUGGGCACAGACAUUAAAGAUUCACUGAUGCAGGCUCUGGCCAGCUACGUGUGCUACCCACAUUCACUCAGAGCUGUGGAGAGGAUCUCUGAGGAGCAGCGGGUGGCUAUGAUGAGGAACCUGUUGGCGCCGUAUGAACAGCGACCGUGGGCUCAGACUAACUGGAUCCUCGUCCGCUUGUGGAGGGGUUGUGGGUUUGGCUACAGGUACACACGGCUGCCUCACCUGCUCAAAACCAAACCCGAGGAUGCCAACCUUCCCAGCCUGCAGAAGCCUUGUCCAUCACUCCUGCUCCAAAGGCAUAUGGCGGAGCUCCUGAAUCAGGACAAAGAGAUGGCUGCUAGCUUCCUCAACAGCGUCCUCAACCAGCUCAACUGGGCCUUCUCAGAGUUCAUUGGCAUGAUCCAGGAGAUCCAGCAGGCAGCAGAGCGUCCAGAGCGUAAUUUUGUGGACACGAGGCAGCUGAAAGUGUGUGCCACGUGCUUCGACCUGUCUGUCAGUCUGCUGCGUGUGCUGGAAAUGACCGUCACCUUGGUACCCGAGAUCUUCUUGGACUGGAGCCGACCCUCAGCCGAGCUUCUGCUCCGUCGCUUGGCUCAGCUCCUAAACCAGGUACUGAAUCGAGUCACGGCUGAGAGGAACCUCUUCGACCGCGUGGUCAACCUUCGGCUCCCAGGGCUGGAGAGCGUGGAUCAUUACCCCAUACUGGUUGCAGUUACGGGAAUUCUGGUGCGAGUCCUGGUCGACUCCGAGAGACAAGGGAUCGCUAAGGCUGCCUCGGUGCUGCUGUCAGACCCGUGCUUCCAGCUUCACUCUAUCCAGCACCUGCUGGGACGGGGAGAGGCCAGUGCUGGAGCAGAUAACAAACACUUCUCACUACACUCUUAUACAGACUACAUCACUGCAGAGGAAGCACAGAAAGUGGAAAAGAUGCUGGCUUUCCUGACCGAGGAGUCCAAGCAGGCUGCAGCCACAACAGCGCCCACCAGUGAAGACGACCUGUGUCCCAUCUGCUAUGCACACUCCAUAUCAGCCAUCUUCAAGCCCUGCUCCCAUAAAUCCUGCAAAGCCUGCAUCAAUCAACAUUUGAUGAAUAAUAAGGACUGUUUCUUCUGCAAGGCUACGAUCACUGGAGUGGAAGAUUACAGCAAACCUGCUGGCUCUUAGCAUGCCCUUUAGAUGCGCACACAGACACACACGCACACACGCAUAUACACAUACACGCAUGCACAUAUACACACACUGAAAAUCAGCGUCCCUUACCUCUCCAAAGACUGUUCAUCAACACACUCUUACGUACAUGCUGGACAACUAUACAGAACAGUAACACACUCAGCAUAUCAUUUAUUAACACUGGACUGUGACUUUAAGACACAGCACGCUCUCCAUGGCACUGUUUCAGCUCGUGCCAGCUGGUAGAGGUCUGGCUCUAAAUCAUAAAACAUGGCCGGCUGACAGAGGGACGAAUGGUGAGAGACAUUUUAUAAUCUCCUUCAUCCUUCUUCCCUCUGAUCACCACUGGCAACCGCAUUACAUCUGCGUCCACAGGCCAUAGAUAUUGAUCAGGACCAAUGCAGGUGCUCGCCAGCGUCCCUCACGAGAUCACUGUCUGAUCUUGAUAACAUUUUUAUAUUCGAAAACUGACAGCCAUAUUUAAAGUGGCAUUCAUUUCUGUGACAGAUUCUAGAGAGAGGUGUCUCCAUGACUGAUCACUUGAUUAACCAGUUCAUAACAGCUUUAUUAACAUUUUAUAAAGCAUUAAAGGAAUACGCAGGUGUUUUUUUU